AUGAAGGAGGACGACAUUGUCAUCACUGGCUUCUCAGCCUAUUUCCCGCAAGCUGACCAUCUCGUCGAGUUUAAGGAGAAGCUUUAUGCGGGUAUUGAUUUCGUCACAGAAGAUGACGCUCGUUGGCCUCGAGGAUUUCUUGGCUUGCCUGAACGAAAGGGAACGAUCCGUGACCUCUCCCGCUUCGACGCUCACUUCUUCGGCGUCAACCCAAAACAGGCGCAUGUGAUGGACCCCCAGGCGCGGUUGCUACUGGAGUCCACUUACGAGGCCAUCGUGGAUGCCGGCUACGACCCUGCGACGAUGCGAGGUCGCAAUGUAGGAGUCUUCAUCGGCUGCUCCGACUCUGAGUCCGAGGGCGCAAUUGGCGGUGACGCGGAGAAUGUCGACAGCUAUGUCUUGCUCGGCAACAACCGUGCCAUCUUCGCAAAUCGCAUUUCCUACUGUUUUGACUUUAACGGGCCAAGCGUUGCGGUGGAGACCGCGUGCUCAUCGACAAUGGUGGCCCUCAACGAUGCCAUGAUGGCACUCCGCACGGGGCAGUGUGAGGCUGCCAUCGUGGGCGGAAGUCUCGUCACACUCAAGGCUACGAAGUCGCUGGUGUACAUGCACCUCGGCAUGCUUGGACCAGACGGAAAAUGCAAGUCGUUUGACUCUGGGUGUAAUGGCUACGCCCGGAGUGAAACUGUGGGCGUCUUUUUCAUCCAACGUGCACGAGAAGCCCGCCGUGUGUACGCCAAAGUGGUCAACGUCAAGAGCAAUGCGGACGGCUACAAGAGUGGCGGACUCACAGUCCCGUCAACAAAGAUGCAAGCAAAGCUCCUUCGUGAAGUCUACGCUGAAGCGAAGAUCGACCCGACGGAAGUGGACUACGUCGAGGCUCAUGGUACCGGAACUAAAAUAGGCGACCCUUGCGAGUUGGCGGCUCUAAGCAGCGUCUUCUGUCAGCCAGGGCGCAAACGACCACUCCAGGUUGGAUCCGUAAAGAGUAAUGUGGGACACUCCGAAACAGCUUCUGGUGUUUGCUCAGUUGCUAAGGUUAUCUUGGCUAUGGAGACUGGCACUAUAGCGGGUAACCUACACUUUAAUGAGGCCAACCCCGACAUUCCAUCGCUGCUCGACGGCACUGUUGAAGUUGUGGAAAAAGCGGCACCAUUUGCGGGAGGUCUUGUCGGCAUCAACUCGUUCGGCUUUGGUGGUGCCAAUGCGCACGCAAUUCUCGAAGCGAACCCAGGACCAAGAGUGGACAGCCUUGCACGACAGAAACCAGAGCUGCCAAGACUAGUUCUUAUGGCCGGCAGAAGCAAGGAAUCGCUAGUGAGAACCAUGGACCGUAUGGAAGCUGAGGGACCAUACCCGGAUUCCGCCUACGCUCUCUUGAAUUUCGUCGGCCAGCCCAGCCGUCUGCUAUUCCCCUUCAGGGGAUUUAUGCUGUUUUCCGUGGAUGGUUCCAACAAACAAUUCGAAAAGACAGUCGAGCCGGCUGCUGUCAAGGAGCGGCCUCUGUGGUUCAUAUUCACAGGUUUUGGAUGCCAGUGGAGAGGAAUGGCGAGGCAGAUGAUGCAGUUUGACGUAUUUGCACACUCGCUAAACAAGUCGCACCAGGUCCUGACCCAGUUCUCUAUUGACCUGAUUGCGGAAGCAACGAGGGAAGACAAUUAUUGUGGAGCCAUGUCUUCAGUAUUCGCCUGCAUCACAGCAAUUCAGGUGGCGCUGGUCGAUGUGCUUCUCGCCAUGGGUCUUCGGCCCGACGGCAUUUUGGGACACUCGUUGGGCGAGAUCGCGUGCGCCUAUGCUGACGGGUGCAUGACGGCCGAGCAGACCGUGAUCUGUGCUUACUGGCGAGGCCGCUGCGUGGAGCUGGGCGACCUACCGAAGGGAUCCAUGGCAGCCGUAGGCUUGACGUGGGAAGAGGCCAAACGACGCUGUUGUGACGGAGUGGUAGCAGCCUGCCACAACGCCGUGGAUUCAGUGACUGUGUCUGGACCACCAGACGCAGUUUCAAAAUUGUUACAACAGCUGAAGGAUGAAGGCGUGUUUGCCAGAGAAGUGGAUGGCGCAGACAUAGCCUUCCACAGCGAAUACAUUCGCAAAAUAGCGUCACCCUUGCUUGAAGCUUUGAAAACGGUCAUUCCUGAGCCAAAGCCUCGCAGCCAGCGCUGGGUGUGCACAUCGCUUCCUGAGAGUCGCUGGGACGAGCCGAUCGCACAGAUGUCCUCGGCCGAGUACCACGUGAACAACCUUGUCUCACCUGUGCUCUUUUGCGAGGCGUUGCAGCAUGUGCCAAAGAACACCAUCGUGGUAGAAAUCGCACCGCACUGCCUACUACAGGCAGUCUUGCGCCGUGCUCUGGGCAGUGAUGCCGCCAGCCUGGGCCUCAUGAAGCGCAACGUGGACAACGCGGCGUUCUUUCUCAACUCACUGGGAAAGCUGCACGUUCUCGGCGUGAAGGUUGAUCUGUCGCCGCUGUAUCCGCCGGUGCCAAUACCUGUACCACGCGGGACUCCCAGCAUAGCACACCUUGUCAGCUGGGACCACUCGCAGUCGUGGACCGUCACCAAGUUGGACGACUACGGCCCAUCGUCAAAGUGGUCCCAGGACAUUGUCCAGUUGGACCUUGGGGACCACGGCGCAGACUCCUAUUUGACUGGCCAUCAAAUUCAAGGGAGGAUUGUGUUCCCUGCGGCUGGAUAUAUAGUCCUUGCCUGGAAGUCACUGGCAAAGCGCUGCGGCAAGCCUUUCUGCAAGGUUCCUGUGGUUCUAGAAGACGUCAGAUUUCAGCGAGCGACCAUUAUGCAAAAAGAUGGUACCACGCGCUUUACCAUCAACAUCAUGGAGGGAUCAGGGCAAUUUGAGAUCUCCGAGGGGGGCGGAGUGGCGGCGAGCGGCCGCAUUAGAAUGGCUGGAGAGAACGAGAAAAUCAUCGACGUAGAGCCGCCAUACCGGAACGCCGCUGAUCUCGUGUCCUGUGAUCUAGAUGCCGAAGAUGUCUACAAAGAGCUGAGACUUCGUGGUUUCGGCUACGACAGUCGAUUCCAGGGCAUCCUCAAGGCAAACAUAAAACGACCAAAUGGCGUGCUCAAGUGGGACAACAAUUGGAUUACAUUCAUAGACGCAAUGAUUCACAGUAGUAGCCUUGCGUACCCCAAACGAGCGCUGAAGCUUCCCGUAAAGAUAAUUUCCUGCCGCAUCGACCCAGCCGUUCACAUGGAGAUGACUAGGAAGGCAACGGAAGCAGGUGUAGGUUACGUCUACGAUAAACGCCUGCGCACAUGCCGUUCCGGAGGCAUUAUUCUGCAAGGCUUGGCGACCAGCACCGCUCCACAGCGUGUCACAGAAGAUGCCAUGGUAUUGAACGAACACGCGUUUGUGCCUUAUAGAGACAGUGAGUCUGCCAGGCAGAGUAGAGAGGCAUGCCUCCAAGAAUACAUCGACAUGUGCAGCAGAGCUGCUCAAUGUAUACUACAAAACUACUGCGGCGAAGAAUCUGAAUCUCUCGAAAGUGGGAAACGCGUUUCCAAUCCUUCGGAAGAGGUAGAGAAGUACAACCUAAAAGAUAAAGCUCAGAAUCAGGGGCUGCUGAAGACCCUUACUGCCAUUCAAGAAGAGGUGAAGCAUUCUGAUUCCUCGCUAGUGCAAAUCAUCCAAUCAGCUAUGGAGAGGUAUGAGGAAGAACUAGAAAAUGAUGUCAUUAAGACAGCUGCUCUCUUUGAAGAAGAUCCCUUGAGACACCUUCUUGAUGUUGUGGUCGAAAACACCAGCCCCACGAAACUUGAAGUUUGCGAGUUAGUCACCACGAAAAGCCACUGCAUUCUGUCUUCGAUGUUUCCUGAACUUCUUGGUAUGGCAAAAACAAGGCUCAAGGUUGGCUACACGGUGGCGUUCCCAUCUUCCAGCGACUUCGCAUCAGUGAAUGUUCCUGAAGGAACCAGGCUACUUCAUUGGAAUCCCUCUGCAGUUCCGAACAAAAAACUGCCCGAAGCUGACUUGCUUGUGGCAAGCAUUUCCACAUGGGGAAACAGCCAUUUAGAUAUUCUAGCUCAACAAGUCUCAAUGCAGUGCAAAAAACAGGAAUUCUUUCUAAUUGCCUUGCGCACUGCGGUGACACCUGCCGAAGAAUUUUUAAUGUCUAUGGGCUGCAUUCAGCUUCAGGUACACAGAGAAGAUGAGUUGGAGUGGUUGUUGAACUCCUAUGGUUUUACUGUUGUUGGUCUGAAGUCAAAUAAUUUUUCCACACUGCUGCUUCUGAGGCAAACAAAAGGUAUUCUCGAACAAGCGAAGCCUGAGGUCGUUACUGUGUCCAGCGACAACUUCCACUGGAUUGAGGAUCUAAGGGCGAAAGCAAUCGAUUACGAAAACAAACCCGACGGACGCACUCUCUGGUUGCUCGCUGAUGACAACGAUACAAGCGGCGUCCUCGGCUUGGCAAACUGCCUCCGAUGGGAGACAGGAGGAAGUCUUAUUAGGUGCAUACUCAGCAGAGGCAUGAAUCAGUCAAAAGCCAUCGUUGACUUCAGUCCAAAAAACCGGUUCUACAACAUCUUACUCAAGCAGGACCUUGUAGUGAACGUCUACAGCGACGCACAGUGGGGAUCCUUCCGUGAUACGAGCUCCACCUUUCGUGGCCCCCAGACGAUCGCCACCGAGCUCGCCUUCCUCAACGUGCAGACGCGAGGCGACGUGUCGAGCCUGCAGUGGUACGAGUCGCCGCUGCGUUACGUUUGCCCGUCGAAUCGCAGCGACAGGGUCCUGUGUACCGUGUACUAUGCCCCACUCAACUUCAGGGACGUCAUGAUCGCCACUGGAAAGCUGUCUCCCGACGCGCUGCCAUGUAACCAAGCCGACUACGAGUGUCUUCUGGGUCUAGAGUUCUCAGGACGUGACCCCCAAGGUCGUCGAGUCAUGGGCUUUGUGGAAAGCCAGGGCAUGUCCACAGUUGUGUCGGCAUUUACAGAAUAUCUUUUGGAGGUACCUGAAGCCUGGACCCUCGAGGAGGCCUCAACUGUCCCUGUAGUCUACAUGACUGCCUACCUCGCUCUGCUUGUGCGCGGAAAUAUGCGUCCAGGAGAAUCGCUGCUCGUUCACUCUGGAAGUGGUGGUGUCGGGCAGGCAGCUAUCUCUAUUGCAUUGGCAAUGGGGUGCACCGUCUUCACUACCGUCGGUUCCCAAGAGAAGCGAGAUUUCCUCAAGCGCCGCUUCCCACAGCUCGAAGACAGACACAUCGCAAACUCGCGCGACCUUUCCUUUGAAGAACACAUCCUCCGAGAAACUGAUGGCCGAGGUGUGGACCUCGUGCUCAAUUCGCUGGCCGAAGCGAAGCUCCAAGCCAGUGUACGCUGUCUAGCGGAACACGGGCGCUUCCUGGAGAUUGGAAAGUUUGACUUGUCCAAGGACUCGCCUCUGGGCAUGUCGGUGUUCCUCAGGAGUGUCACAUUCCUCGGUGUAACGCUGGAGUCUCUGCAUGGAGACAACCGCUUCGUCGUGGAAAAGAGACGUGAGGUUAUGAAACUCCUCCGUGACGGUAUUGCAUCCGGCGUUGUGCGACCGCUGAAUACCGUUCAAUUCAAGAGCGACCAAGCCGACGAGGCCUUUAGGUUCAUGGCCGCAGGAAAGCACAUGGGAAAGGUUGUGCUACAGAUCCGUCCUGAAGAAGCGCAGCCGCUGAAAGCACCUGCCACGCCAGUUACCGUGAAGGCCACCGCACGCGCCCGAUUCUACGAACGGAAGUCGUACGUUAUCGUUGGAGGCCUGGGGGGUUUCGGCUUGGAGCUGGCCGCGUGGAUGGUGAACCGGGGAUGUAGGAAGCUGGUGUUGACGACGCGUUCCGGAGUGCACACAGGUUACCAGCGUCUUUGCCUCCAUCGAUGGCGCGAAGCAGGUGCCAACGUCCUUGUGAGCAAAAGCGAUGCCUCCACGCUGAAUGGCUCUCUGCAAAUCAUCAAAGAAGCCGAGGCCAUCGGUCCUGUUGGCGGCAUCUUUAAUCUAGGCGCGGUGCUUCGCGACGCGCUUCUGCAGAACCAGACAGCCGAGACCUUUGAAGCUGUAUGCAAAGUAAAGAUCGACGGCACCCGGUACUUGGAUGAGUUGUCCCGCACAUUGUGCCCAGAGCUUGACCACUUCGUCGUUUUCUCGUCGCUCACCUCCUGCCGGGGCAACAUCGGUCAGUGCAACUACGGCUAUGCUAACUCCGCUAUGGAACGCAUCUGCGAACGUCGAGCUGCAGCUGGGCUACCCGGGCUGGCUAUCCAGUGGGGUCCCAUUAGUGAUGUCGGCUUGUUCCACCGCGCAAUGUCUUCGGAUGUUGAGAGCUAUGAGCUCGUACCACAGCGGAUCGCUUCUUGCAUUUCGGCAAUGGACCAAUUCUUGAGUCAAAGUCAGACGAUUGUUUCCAGCUAUGUAAAGCCUCAUCAUUCGACCAUGAAGGACAGCAAAAAGAAGCAUGACCCUGCGCAUUCUGUUGCACGCAUUCUUGGCAUCAAGGAUCCAUCAAGUCUGAGCCCUGACGUUACUCUCGGCGAGCACGGCAUGGACUCCCUCAUGGCUGUCGAGGUGAAGCAGACACUGGAGAGAGACUUUGAUCUUGUCCUGUCUAUGCAAGAGAUCCGUCAAGUAACCAUCAACGACCUGCGUGGAAUGGGUGAUGCUGGCAGUGGCAGUAAUGCCGGCUCAAGAAACACCAACACAUCAACCAAGGAAAAAGACAUCGCCAACGCGUCAAACUUUCCACGGCUCAUGCUGUUCGAGAAAGCAGUGCAUGAAAACAUCAUGGUUGAAAUGAAUGGUCUUGAAGGAUCGAGCCCAGUGUUCUUUCUGCAUCCGAUCGAGGGUCACGUGCGUGCAUUGACAGAGCUGGCCGGCUACCUUCCUGUACGCGCAGUAGGACUGCAAAGGACAACCGACGUACGUUUGCGGUCAAUCACAGAAAUGGCAUCGAGUUACUUGAAGGCAAUGCUGACAGCGCAGCCCAAUGGCCCGUAUCACAUCGUGGGAUAUUCUUACGGUACGGCGCUGGCCUUUGAAGUAGCUCUGCAGCUGCAGGCUUCCGGAGCCACCAUAGGAAGCCUGACCUUCCUCGACGGUGCACCACAGUACGUAAGCGUGGUUGCCGGUUACCGACGCGACCUCCUGGAUCAAGAAACUGACGAGCAAGAGACAAAUGUCCUCUGUGCGUACCUCAUGCAAUACGUUGACGGCGACUUUUCAGAGGUACGUGACAAGCUAAGCCACUGCAAGAACUUUGACGCCAAACUAGACGCGGCCAUAAACAUCCUACUGAAAGCUUUGGGAGACCCGCAGCCCAGCCGUGAAGACCUUGCAAUCGGCAUGUCUACCUUCUAUGACUGUCUGAAGGCCGGAAGUAUUUACGAGCCAAAAGCUAAGUUCAUUGGGAACGUAGUGCUUGUCAAGGCAUCACAGACACGAGACAUGGCACGGCGGCUGCCAGCCGACUACGGUUUAUCAGAGUGCUGUGAUGGAGAAGUCGAUGUCAGAGUGGUGGAUGGCUCACACGUAAGCUUCAUUCUCGGCGAAGGUGCAAAGAAAUGCGCAGCCAUCAUCAGUCAGCAGGUGCAGCGCUGAAACACGGUGGGCCUUGUAACACGCAGUGUACACGCGGCCUCAUUGAUCAUGCGUCGGGCGGUGUGACAAAGAGAAUGCGCGCCUGAUGAAGUCAUCACCAUUUCUUUGCGGUUUGUUCUUGGUUAUUUUUUUAAAGUAUGUGAAAAUGUUCUGACUCGUGAUAACAUGUAUUUCAACAUACUAGCAAUAUAGUGUUGCCAUAGUUUACUAAUAAAUGGCUUUACGCACAAAUACUGCUA